AUGGCACGCGUGCUCGCGACCUCGCCUACGAAUUCGAACGGUAUGUCCAUUAUCCUCGUCGGUGAAUCGAUCGACCGUCCCACGGAUGCGGUGUCCGAUGUCACCUGCCUUCUCCUCGUCCUAACCCCGACCUCGCUUCGUCGUUCUCGGCUUCGUUCGAGUCCUCGAUCCGUCUUCUUAACCUACGCUUCUGCCCUCCGUGUCCAUCUCAGCCUCCCAUCUCCUUCGAUCGAGCGGUCCUAUGGUCGCCUUGUCCGUUGUGAUAUCCCAGCCCCUAGGUCUGCUAGUAGUAGAUUGUUCGCCUUUGUGGAGUAUGAGGAUCGUCGUGACGCUGAUGAUGCGUACCACGAGAUGCAUAACAAGCGUAUCGGCCGUGACGAUCUUCUAAAGAUUGAGUGGGCUCGCACUCCCCCGUCCGCGUCUUGGCGUUUCGACAGUGGUCGUGACCGCGACAGCAGGCGUGAUCGUGGAGGCCGAUCUCCUCGUCGCGGCCGUUCGCCUUCCCCUCGCCGCAGUACACGCGACUAUUCUCCCAGGAAGGACGACCGCCGUGACCGAGACCGUGAUCGCGACUAUGAUCGUGAACGCCGUGAGACCCGCGACCGUUCUCGUUCCCCGGAUCCUCGGUACAAAUCCCCGUCUAGCUCACCUAAGGUCCCUGCCAAGUCGGAGCUUACACCCUUACCUAGUGACCGCGAUCGUGAUGACCGAGACGACCGCGAACGCCGUGAUAACGGCACUAACGGCGAUGAUCGUAAAGCUGUCGACAGUCCUCCUCCUCAACACGACGACUUGGACGUUGCUGAGUGA